AGAAAAUGGCAGGCGAUGAGUAGAAGGGGAAGCCGUCUGUCAAUUUACGUCGAUUGUCUGCCGGCCACAAUAUUUCACCAUGCUCGUUUGAGAUUGAGAAGGGUGUGAAGGCGUGUGAGAACUGUGCCCCAUGGCCAAGCCCUAUGACUUCCAGUGGAGGAUCUCCGUACCAGACCUUCUACAGAAUGGGGCUGUGUUUGACCGCUCGGAUGAGGAGGACCCUCAGCUUGAAAGUAACUGUCUGGUACGGGUGGACAGUUUUGGGUUCUUCAUCUACUGGAAGAGCGAUGGCAGGGAAGGCCAGGUACUGGAAUGUUCCCAGGUUAAUGACAUUCGUUUGGGAUUGGCACCAAAGGACCCAAAGAUCUUGGUGGAGUUGGAAGGGAAGUCAUCUCAUUCUGUAGAGUCACGGACUGUGACAGUGUGCAGUGGCUUGGAUCUUGUCAAUAUUAGCUACACCUUCUUCAUCACCCCUGAUCCAGAGACGGCAAAGGCGUGGUUUGAGGGACUCCGAAAAAUCACGCUGAACUACAAAGCAAACAAUGUAUGCCCUAUGACCCAGCUGAAGAAGCACUGGAUGAAACUGUCCUUUAUGGUGAAUCCAAGUGGAAAGAUCCCUGUCAGAAGUAUUACAAGGACAUUUGCUUCAGGAAAAACAGAGAAAAUGAUUAUGCAAUGUCUCAAGGACUUGGGACUUCCCAGCGGCAAGAAUGAUGAAAUAGAACCAAGCGCUUUCACAUUUGAUAAAUUUUAUGAGUUAUAUCACAAAAUCUGCCCAAGAACGGACAUAGAGGAACUGUUCAAUGAUCUGAGUGGAAACAAAAGUUACCUAACAGUAGAGCAGUUGAUAGAGUUCCUCAAUGACCAUCAACGUGAUCCCCGGCUUAACGAAAUUUUAUUCCCCUUUUUUGACCGAAAUCGUGUUCGCCAGAUUAUCAAUGCAUAUGAGAUAGAUGCUACCAUCAAAGAAAAAGAAGGGUUAAGUGUGGAUGGGUAUUGUCGCUACCUGAUGUCUGAUGAGAAUGCCCCAGUGUUUCUGGAUCGUCUGGACAUCUACCAGGACAUGGACCAAUCACUAGCUCACUACUAUAUUAACUCCUCCCAUAAUACAUACCUGACAGGUCGACAAUUUGGUGGGCGGUCUUCUGUGGAGAUGUACAGACAGGUGCUGUUAGCAGGAUGCAGAUGUGUGGAAUUAGAUUGUUAUGGAAAGACAGAUGAGCAGGAACCUAUUAUAACUCAUGGAAAAGCUAUGUGUACAGAUAUUUUAUUUAAGGAUGUAAUACAGGCUAUAGCAGAGACAGCCUUUGUCACCUCUGAUUAUCCUGUAAUUUUAUCAUUUGAAAAUCAUUGUAGUAAACCCCAGCAGUACAAAAUGGCCAAGUAUUGUGAAGAUGUCUUUGGAGAUUUAUUAUUAAAAAGGCCAUUAGAUCAAGUCCCGCUGGAGCCGGGUGCCCCACUUCCCUCGCCAAACCAAUUGAAGAGAAAAAUUCUUAUAAAGAACAAACGUUUGAAACCAGAAGUUGAAAAGAGGCAGCUUGAACUUUUUAUGAAGGGUCAGAUGCAGGCUAUUGAGGAGUCAGGAGAAGAUCCUGAGGUCAAUGUAGACUGUGAGGAAGGUCCCAUCAACUCAACGAAAUAUCCAGAAGGCACAGUUGGUGAUGUCGAGGAGGAAAGUUCUUCUUCUUCCAGCGAGUCUCAGCCAGAAGACACUCCUGCCCCUGUUACCAAGCCCACUGCGGAGCUGGACCCUCCAAGAAGUGCUGACACGGAUGCCCACCCUGAAUUCAAACUCCCUAAACCAGAUUCCGUAGGGAACAAUCUAGAUGCUGAGGGAAGCCUGACAGCAGAUGAGGAAGCAGCCUUGAUGUCAUACUAUCACUACACAGGGGCCACCACAAACAUCCACCCUUACCUGUCCGCCAUGGUCAACUAUGCCCAGCCAGUCAAAUUUCAAGGCUUUGAUGUGGCAGAAGAACGGAAUGUCCAUUAUCAUAUGUCAUCAUUCAAUGAAAACACCGGCCUGGGAUAUCUCAAAACACAGGCCAUAGAAUUUGUCAACUAUAACAAACGCCAGAUGAGUCGAAUAUACCCCAAAGGAGGAAGAGUUGAGUCCAGUAACUAUAUGCCUCAGAUUUUUUGGAAUGCUGGAUGUCAGAUGGUGGCAUUAAACUUCCAAACAGCUGACUUGGCCAUGCAACUAAACCAAGGCAAAUUUGAGUACAAUGGAAACUGUGGGUAUUUGCUAAAGCCUGACUUCAUGAGGCGCCCUGACCGAACAUUUGACCCAUUCUCAGAGAGUCCUGUGGAUGGUGUUAUAGCAGCUCAUUGCUCUGUACAGGUUGUGUCUGGCCAGUUUUUGUCUGAUAAGAAGAUUGGCACGUAUGUAGAGGUGGAUAUGUAUGGAUUACCCACGGACACAAUACGAAAGGAGUUCCGCACCCGGGUGGUGCCUAAUAACGGCCUGAACCCAGUCUACAAUGAGGAACCAUUUGUCUUCAGAAAGGUUGUUUUGCCAGACCUUGCUGUAUUAAGGAUUGCUGUGUAUGAAGAAACUGGAAGAUUAAUUGGGCAAAGAAUUCUUCCCUUAGAUGGCUUGCAAGCAGGCUACAGGCACAUCUCACUAAGAACAGAGGGAAACUUUCCACUAUCCUUACCCACGGUCUUCUGCAAAAUAGUUCUGAAAACGUAUGUUCCUGAUGGAUUUGGAGACUUUGUCAACGCCUUGUCAGCACCAUUACAGUUUCUCUCCCAGGUGGAGAAGCGAGCUAAGCUGAUGGCUGACAUGGGCAUUGAUGAAAAGGAUAUCAGCGAAGUACCUGUGACCAGCAAGAAGAAGACAAGCCCCGAACCCAACAACACGGGGGCGAAACCACCCUCGGCUAUAAACACCACAAUUACACCAGGCAAAGCACCCUCAGUGGGGCAUCCGCCCAAGAAAGAAGAGAAGAAAGAGGAGAUGAGCUUUGACCCAAUCACAAGAGAACUGCUGAUGACAGAGAAAGCGUUUGUAAAGUUGUUGAAGAAACAGCAGAAAGACCUGGAAGUGCUGAAGAAGAAACACCAGAAGGAGAGAGGUGUGAUGCAAAAGCAGCAUUGUGCAGUGGUGGACAAACUGGUGGUGCUACAGGACAAGGAGAAACAGGCUCGUGAGAAAACUCUGGAGAGAAUGAAGAAGAAAGGGGACAAUGAGCAGGGAAAACCCGAGGGUAAAAUGUUGAUCAAUGACCACAAGGCUAAGAUUAAGGAGCUGGUGGCUGAGCAGACACGUGAGUGGUCAGACAUGGUGGUGCGUCAGGUCACCGAGGAACAUGGGCUGAGAAAAGAGCACGUCCUUCAACAGUGUGACCUGUUGAAACGACUCAACGAGGAGGCUCAACAGGAACAGCUGAAGGACCUGGAGGCCAGGCAGGACAGGGAAAUCAAGGAACUGAAAGGCAACCAGGCCAAACAAAGUAUGGAAUCUAGCAAGGCUGUGUUACAUGAUAGGUCCAUUAAGAAUAAGGCAGAGAGAGAGCGGCGGAUACGUGAGUUAAAUGAGAACAACACAAAGAAGUUUAUAGAAGAGCGCAAGAGGGCAAGAAUGAAACAUUCCCGCCAGGUGGACAGCCUGAAGAAGGUUCACGUAGAGCAGACAGAAAUCCUGCUGAGAGAAAACACUAGGGAAAUGGAGUUAGCAGAAAUGGAUCACGAAGAGGCUAAGCUGGCGAUGAAACCUGAAACAGUGAUCUAGUGAUGUCCUUGUGUGUAUAGAAUACUAAGCUGCUUCCAUUGACAAUCAUUCUACCUUGGAUCUCUGAAAACUCUGGAAUAUGGGGACUGAUGGAUAUAACCAUGUGUAAACAACCAGGAUCAGCCUUGUCGGUCCCAGUUGACUUGCAUCCAUGGUGAGGUCUAAGGAUUUAACCAUUGCAUCCCAAAGGGGAGACCACCUGUCUGUAUUGUUACCAAUUCCAAAGCUGUCUGGCUUAUCUUUGUUUAGUGCUAUCUGAACAGGAUUCAGGUUUGAUGUUGAUUUUAAGUCACAAAAUAACUGU